AUGAGCUUACCCGAUCAGACCAGCAUUCCAGAUCUUAACUUGACUGCAAUUUGGACUAACUUAACCGGACCCACUGUCAAAAGCAAGCCCUCGACAUGUGAGCAAGUGGUCAUAGCAGCUGAGGUGUUCCUUGCACUGGGCAUUGUAAGCCUCCUGGAAAACAUCCUGGUCAUCUGUGCCAUUGUGAAGAACAAGAACUUACACUCUCCUAUGUACUUCUUUGUAUGCAGCUUAGCAGUUGCUGACAUGCUUGUCAGCGUGUCUAAUGCCUGGGAGACCAUAACUAUAUAUUUGUUAAACAAUAAACACCUCAUUAUCGAGGAUGUUUUUGUACGGCACAUUGACAAUGUUUUUGAUUCCAUGAUCUGUAUAUCUGUUGUGGCUUCCAUGUGCAGUUUGCUAGCUAUAGCAGUAGACAGGUAUGUCACUAUCUUCUAUGCCCUUCGUUAUCACAAUAUCAUGACCGUGAAAAGAUCAGGGCUUAUAAUUGCAGGCAUUUGGACUUUUUGCACUGGCUGUGGGAUCAUCUUCAUCCUUUAUUAUGAAUCAAAAUAUGUGAUCAUUUGUCUCAUCACAAUGUUCUUCACGAUGCUGUUCCUGAUGGUCUCCCUGUACAUCCACAUGUUCCUCCUGGCUCGUACUCAUGUCAAGAGGAUUGCAGCUUUGCCAGGAUACAAUUCUGUUCACCAGAGGACCAGCAUGAAAGGGGCCAUCACCCUGACUAUGCUACUGGGCAUCUUCAUUGUUUGCUGGGCUCCAUUUUUCCUCCAUCUCAUUCUGAUGAUUUCCUGCCCACAGAAUCUCUACUGUGUUUGUUUCAUGUCUCACUUCAACAUGUACCUCAUUCUCAUCAUGUGCAAUUCAGUGAUUGAUCCCUUGAUUUAUGCUUUCCGAAGCCAGGAAAUGCGAAAGACUUUUAAGGAAAUCAUCUGCUGUUAUAACAUACGAUCGGCCUGUGGAUUACCCAGCAAGUAUUAG